UUUAUAUUUUACAAACCUAAAGCCAACUCAUUCACGCUCUCUCUCUCUCUCUCUCUCUCUCUCUCGAAUCCCUUUCCAUUCACGCCGCUUCCCCUCUUCCCCCUCCUACUCCAUGGCGCACGAUAGCAACCUCCCCUGCGACGGCGACGGCAUUUGCAUGAUCUGCCGCCAGAAGCCGCCGGAGCACGAAACCCUCCUCUGCAAGACCUGCGCCACUCCCUGGCACUUCUCUUGCCUCUCCACUCCCGAAGAAACCCUAGCCGACACCCUCCAGUGGGACUGCCCCGAUUGCUCCUUUGUUGCGCAGACGGAUCCCCCCGCCGCGGACCUUUCUGGCGCAUCUGAAUCUUCCGGCAAUCUCAUCGCCGCCAUUCGCGCGAUCGAGUCGGACGGCUCCCUCACCACUCAGGAGAAGGCCAAGCGCCGCCAGGAACUCCUGAGCGGCAGCGCAAAAUCGGCCUCGAUUGAGGCCGGGAGUAGCAGCAAGGAGAGGGCCAAGGGCGAUAAGGACGUUCUGGACCUUCUGGAUGGGAGUCUGAACUGCUCCUUCUGUAUGCAGCUCCCGGAGAGGCCCGUCACGACACCAUGUGGUCAUAAUUUUUGCCUCAAGUGCUUCCAGAAAUGGGUUGGUCAAGGAAAGCGUACUUGUGCAAAUUGCCGGAGUUCUAUCCCGCCAAAGAUGGCAAGUCAACCUCGAAUCAAUUCUGCACUUGUUAUUGCCAUCCGAAUGGCUAAAAUUUCAAAAUCUAACUCCAUGGGGGCUCCUUCAAAGAUAUACCAUUAUGUCCACAACCAAAACCGUCCUGAAAAGGCUUACACCACUGAGCGAGCUAAGAAACCAGGGAAAGCUAAUGCAUGUAGUGGAAAGAUUUUUGUCACAGUUCCACCAGAUCAUUUUGGACCUAUUCUACCAGAAAAUGAUCCAGAGAGGAAUCAAGGUGUGUUGGUGGGGGAGACUUGGGAGGAUAGGAUGGAAUGCCGACAGUGGGGUGCUCACCUUCCUCAUGUUGCUGGGAUUGCUGGACAGGCAGAUUAUGGUGCACAGUCUGUUGCACUAUCUGGAGGUUAUGAAGAUGAUGAGGACCAUGGUGAAUGGUUCCUGUACACUGGAAGUGGCGGAAGAGACCUUAGUGGAAAUAAAAGAACAAACAAGAAUCAGUCAUUUGACCAGAAAUUUGAGAAGAUGAAUGAGGCAUUACGGGUCAGUUGCAGAAAAGGUUAUCCCGUCCGGGUUGUGAGGUCAUUCAAGGAGAAGCGUUCCUCUUAUGCACCAGAAACAGGAGUACGAUAUGAUGGAGUUUACAGGAUUGAAAAAUGCUGGCGCAAAGUUGGAAUUCAAGGAUUUAAGGUAUGCCGCUACCUUUUCAUUCGAUGUGACAAUGCACCUGCUCCAUGGACAAGUGAUGAGAUUGGUGACCGCCCAAGGCCAUUUCCAGUCAUUAAAGAGUUGAAGAAUGCUACUGAUAUUACUGAAAGAAAAGGAGAUGCGGCCUGGGAUUAUGAUGAUGAAAAGGAAUGCUGGAUGUGGAAGAAACCUCCUCCACACAGUAGAAAACAAGUUGACAGUAAAGGCCUGGAUGGGAUGGCAACCAAAGUUAGACGUAGGAUGCCUGCACUGUCUGUGCACCAGAAGCUUCUCAAGGAAUUCAGUUGUCUUAUCUGCCGGAAAGUGAUGGCUCUCCCCGUUACAACCCCCUGUGCUCAUAAUUUCUGCAAGGCCUGUUUGGAAAAUGCAUUUGCCGGCCAAACUUUCAUAAAAGACAGGACUCGUGAAGGUGGGCGGACAUUACGAGCUCAGAAGAAUAUCAUGAAAUGUCCCUCUUGCUCAAAUGACAUAUCUGACUUCCUUCAGAAUCCACAGGUUAAUAGAGAGUUGAUGGGCGUAAUAGAAUCACUCCAGCGCGAAUGCACAGAGACAGAGGAAAAUGAGACAAGUCAAGAAACUGAUGGCACUGAUGAGAAGUCUGAUACAGUUGCUGGUGACACAGAGCAUGGUGGUGUAAAUGCCAACACCAUAGAAGAUAAGGAAAACUUGGGCGUUCAAACAUCUCCAUCCAAGAACGAGCCCUGUCAAACUUGCAAGCAAAAGAAAGCAAGUUGCGAAUGCAUUACACAGGAGAAGAGCGAUGCAGCAAUAGAAGCGGAUGGUGAAGUAAAAGAAACUGAUGCAGUAAAAGCUGAUGGGAAGCAUGAAAUUUCCAAUGAGGAAGAAGUAAAAGAAGCUGAUACUGAGAGAAGUAAGGUGGUCACUCAUAAGCGAAAGAAGGCGGGCGAUGACAUUUCUGCGUCAGCAAUGGAAGGUGGGGUGAAGACCAGAAGCCAGAAGCCUAGGCUGAUGGUGGAUGAGGACGACGAAGACGACGACUUUGCGUGAUUGAAAUUGAACACAAUAUUGGGUGUGUGGCAAUUGGAGUUUUGUCAAGGACAACAGAAAAACAUUAAAAUGUAGGAUGAUGUAACCGCUCGUUUUUGUAUGAUCUGUUUGCGGUUUCAAAAUUGUAUUUGCUUUUCUUUUUUAAUUGACAAAUUUAUGAGAUUUGAGUUUUAUGAAAAUAUUGAAAGUAUAUGUUCUUAUUUUCUCAUAA